CUCACAACCUGUUUUCACUAUGUCCAAUAUCAAAACUUUUGUCCCUGAGACACUGAUACAUGAAAAUUAUGCUAUUUGGAAAGAAUUGAUGAUUCCUAUCUUUGAGAGCAAGGGAGUGUAUAGUAGAGGAUUUAAUCGUGAAUCAAACCAUGGUGGUCAUGGCUUUCGUCGUGGCAGAAGCAAUGGUCGUGGCUCUUUCAGCAAUGGUGGUCAAAGUUCUUAUGGUGCAAAAGGAUCUUCAUCGAAUUUUGGAAAUUCUUCUGGUUUACUUGGUAAUCCUGGACGUGGAUCUUUUUUUGGUGGUGGGAAUUCUCUCAUUAGUGCAUCCACUAGUCAGCAUCCCUUAAAUUGGCAACCUUUUGGACAUGGAAUUUCUCUACUACCAUUGUUACCCACUCCACAUAUGCCACAAGGUUUGAUUUUUCAAUUAUGUGGUCAAGCCACUCAUGAAGCUUGUGAAUGCCCUUUGUUGAAUGGGACAAAUCUUGCCUCUACAUCACAGAAUUCUCCAACAACUUUCACUACCACAGCAUUUCCCACAAACCCAGAUAGUGCUUGGCACUUUGACUUCAGUGCAAAUACUCAUGUUUCUAGCACAACUGGUACUCUCUUAACUUCCUCACCUUAUUCUAGUUCUGAUGUCAUUCAAGUUGGUAAUGGUCAUUUAUUGCUUGUUACUCAUGUUGGUCAUUUUGUUUUUUUCUAAGUCUGGUCAUUCUUUUCAACUGAAUAAUGUUCUUGUUUCCUCAUCUCUUUGUAAAAAUUUAAGUUCAGUUUGUCAGUUUACAAAAGAUAAUAAUUGUAGUAUUGACUUUAACUCUUUUGGUUUCUUUAUCAAGGACAUCCAAAUAAAGACUAUCCUACUUC